AUGGAUCACGACCAACGGGCAAUUUUACGUAAGACCAUCCAAGCAGCACUGGCACGCAAACUAAAAUCGCACGAAUACAUCCAAUCGUACAAUGCAGUGUACAAAUAUUGCACACAACGUACGAAUACGUUCGAGAUACUGGGCGAAAAAAUGUAUUUGAUCCUGUACGCAGAAAUAGACACAUAUACGAAAGGUCUGACAUUCACGUCGAUGAAAGAGUUUAUAAACGAGGCAAUACGCUAUGAAAGUGCUGUUGAGAGCGUAUGUGGAGUAUUCAAGUAUCUUACUCGUUUUUACAUACGCUGUAACUUGGAUCUUAGAAUGAGCAAUGUUUUGCCGCUCAGGAAGAUGAUGUACAGCUUGUUUUACAUCAAUUUUGCACAUAACGUGGAAGAUGUGCUCAUGCACUCGCUUGACAGUACUGUCAUAAAAUUUUAUUAUAAACUGUUGUUGUACUCGGAUGCGCUGAGGAGGUUUGAGGAAGUAAAAAAAAUAUACGCGGACAGCAUCGUGUUUGAUGGCGAUGCAGAAUGCAGAGUCGCAAAAUUAGAGAAGUAUUUGAAUGAAAUACGCAAUGUGUUCUGUGGAAAAAGCGUUGAAGAUGUGAUUGGAAAGGUGCGGGAUAGGAUAGGAGACGUAAACGAUAUUUUGGAGUAUCUAUGCUUACAAAUUCGCUGUUGUGCAAGGAUCAAUUGUGAUGUCAUUGAUGCUUUGAGAAUACAUGAGCAGCUGUUUAUGAUGGCUAUAACAAGUGUUUUAAACCAUGGUCUGAUCGAGGGGACAAACAGGGAUAGAAAAGAUGAUACUAGCCUUAAUAACAAAGAACAGGAUGUGAAGACAUCUAGCAGUGCCGAGAAAGUGAAUGGUGGAGGAGAUUAUUUAGAGCCGGAAGUGGAUACAUGCGAGAGUGAUGCACAGGUACAAUCAGAUACGAGUAACGAGAUAACACAGAAUGAUGGGAAAGCAUCACGAAUUGUUCUAGGAAAAAGGUUAAUUGAUGAUGAUUUGUCAUGGAGAAAACGCUUCUUGGACGACAAGGCACAACAUUUAAAGGAAUACUUCAUCCUGGUUGAUAGAUUCAUUUAUUGUUCCGAACUAAACGAAAUGUACUUUAGAAGUGAAGAAUACCAGAAAAUACUUAAGAAUGCGUUUUUAAAAAGAGUCAAGGAUAAAAGCAAGGUACAUAAUGCUAUUGUACUGUUAAUCGACUGGCGUGUCAAACAGAAAAUAGUACAAUGGACUGAUGAGCACGAAUGUAUAAAAAUUAUCAAGAAAGAGUUUGAAGUAAAAAAAUGGGACACGUUGAUAGACUUAUUAGAGAUAUUUGGUGAUGAUUUGCAUGAACUGAUACAUGUUGAUGUCUUGCGAAGGGUGUUACUUGAUGAAAAUACUCUGGAACGUGAGCGAGCACUUGUCACACGUAUGGAGGAGCGGAUAAAGUAUUUUGGGAAAACGAGACUGGCUCUUACAGAUUUUCUGUUGAAUAUACAUAGCGUAGGAGGAAUUUUGAAUCUAACGGGGUGCAAUAUGAGCUCUGGCGCGCAUGGUAACGGAUGGAUGGGCCAAGGAAAUGGGAUUGAUUUGAACUCGCCAAACACGCUUACCAUUCCUGGAAUUAAUGUCCGAUGUUUUACUAAGUACUUUUGGCCUAUCAAGGCCACACGUUCAGGUUUGAACAAUAGGUUAGAGGAAGUAAUGGAAAAAGUUUUUCAUUACUGCAGAGAUAAGGGGUAUAGGGUAGAAUUUAACCAUUACUACUCGGAGGUAAAACUGAAAAUAAAUGAACACAUUGUUACAUGCGAUGCAGCACUAGCUUCGCUAAUACUAGACGUUUAUGAUCAUAAACAAAUCCAUUUAGACGAAAAUAAAGCGGGCAUUGACCGUCUGGUUAACGAAGGUAUUAUCAAUCGGCGUGACGCGGAUAAUGGUAAUAUAUUAGGGGAGCUAGAGCUAAAUGAUAACCUGGUCAGCGAUAUGAAUCUUUUUAAUCCUGAACUUAAGGUCCCUGUCAGUUCUGGAUGUAUCGGACAUUGCCUGGCCAAUGUCAACAUUGAAGUUAUGAAGUGCAAAAUAAUAAAAAUUAUGAAGCGGACCAAAAAGAUGGAUCUUGUGGAUCUACAAAAUCAGAUGAAAGAUAAUAUAGACGAAGUUCUCUCAUGGCUUAUAAAAUAUAACUAUGUAAAACAGGUCAAUGAUACUCUUGAAUAUGUUCCGUGAUACCUUUGGUUUGUAAAUAAAUCGAACGAUGUUAGUUGUGGUAUUGCUACUCACUUUACGAUAAUAUAUGGAAUAUUUAUGGGUAAUUCGUUUAGAUUGUUCAAUGUUCGUUUUACUUUACACUUUGUUGUCAGUAUACUAUUGUUUUAAG